AUGAGAGCUAUUGUACUGCUGUGUCUGCUGGAAUCAGCGUUGGUCCGAGCCAAUGAUUAUUCAUGGGGUGGACCUGGCAAGAGCACAGAAGGCAUCGAUCCCAACACGGAAAAUAUCUGUGUUACGGACCAGGCGUCAUGUGGCUGCUGUCUGAUGCAGCAGCAGAUACACAGGAUGAAGAUGUUUUUUAACAUGAGCCUCAAUGAGCUGGAGAAGGAACUCACAAAAUCAAAGACCGUCCUCAACAACAUCAGAGCCAGUCGAAGCGCCUUCUCUGUCGCUCUGACCAAUGAGAAAAAUUUGAACUGCUUUGGCCCCUUCCGCGACGACAAGCUCAUCGCCUACAAACACGUCUUCAUCAACCUGGGAGACGGCUACAGUGUGGACACGGGCAUCUUCACUGUUCCCCGCUCCGGUGUCUACAGCCUCGCCCUCACUAUCUACAGUGACGCUGGUUCUCCUGGUAACAGCCUGGCCGCCUGCGCCAGCCUGCAGGUCAACGGCAAGGUGGUGUCAGGACCCAGAGAAAGAAAUAUGCAAGACCAAGAGGACAGUGCCACUAUUGUUGUGGCCCUCCACCUGAAGGCUGGGGACAAGGUGGCUGUCAACUUGCCCAUCGGAUGUUUCCUCUGCGAUGACAAAAGCCACUAUAACACUUUCACUGGUUUCCUGCUGUAUGCUACUGACUAA